GGCCGCCUUCGGGAGCAAGAGCCUCUUCAGCCUGGGGGGCGGCCGGCGCCUGGCGCUCAGCGCUGGGGCCGGGCGCGGCGGCGGCCGCCUGGGCGGCUUCGUGGGCACCGUCUUCGGCAGCGCAGGGAUGGGGCCCGCGUGUCCGUCCGUGUGCCCCCCCGGGGGCAUCCCUCAGGUCACCGUUAACAAGAGCCUCUUGGCCCCCCUCAACGUGGAGCUGGACCCCGAGAUCCAGAAAGUGCGUGCCCAGGAGCGGGAGCAGAUCAAGGCGCUGAACAACAAGUUUGCCUCCUUCAUCGACAAGGUGCGGUUCCUGGAGCAGCAGAACCAGGUGUUGGAGACAAAGUGGAACCUGCUGCAGCAGCUGGACCUGAACAACUGCAGGAACAGCCUGGAGGCCAUUUAUGAGGGCUACAGCAGCAACCUGCGGAGGCAGCUGGACACGCUGUCUGGGGACAGGGUGAGGCUAGACUCGGAGCUGAGGAGCAUGCAGGAUUUGGUGGAGGACUACAAGAAGAGGUAUGAGGUGGAGAUUAAUAGACGCACAGCUGCUGAGAAUGAGUUCGUGGUGCUCAAGAAGGACGUGGAUGCCGCCUACAUGAACAAGGUUGAGCUGCAGGCCAAGGUGGACUCCUUGACGGACGAGAUUAAAUUCUUCAAGUGCCUCUAUGAAGGGGAGAUUGCUCAGAUCCAGUCCCACAUCAGCGACACAUCUGUCAUCCUGUCUAUGGACAACAACCGGGACCUGGACCUGGACAGCAUCAUUGAUGAGGUCCGUGCCCAGUACGAGGAGAUCGCCCUGAAGAGCAAGGCUGAAGCUGAGGACCUGUACCAGAGCAAGAUCCAGGAGCUACAGGUGAUGGCAGGCCAGCAUGGGGAUGACCUCAAACUCACCAAGGCUGAGAUCUCGGAGCUCAACCGGCUGAUCCAGAGGAUCCGCUCAGAGAUAGGGAAUGUGAAGAAGCAGUGCUCCAACCUAGAGACGGCCAUUGCCGAUGCUGAGCAGCGGGGCGACUGUGCCCUGAAGGAUGCCCGGGCCAAACUGGACGAGCUGGAGGGCGCCCUGCACCAGGCCAAGGAGGAGCUGGCCCGUAUGCUGCGCGACUACCAGGAGCUGAUGAGCGUGAAGCUGGCCCUUGACAUGGAGAUCGCCACCUACCGCAAGCUGCUGGAGGGAGAGGAGUGCAGGAUGUCUGGUGAAUAUCCAAACUCCGUGAGCAUCUCUGUCAUCAGCAGCACCAAUGCUGGGGCAGGAGGGGCUGGCUUCAGUGUGGGCUUUGGCGCUUUGAGCAGUUACAGCUACAAACCUGCAGCGGGAGACGUCAAGACCAAAGGCAGCUGUGGCAGCGAGUUCAAGGAUCCCCUAGCCAAAACCUUGGGCAGCAGCUGUGCGGCCAAAAAGGCCUCCAGAUGACAGGCGGUCAGCUCUGAACAGAAGGCUUCAGAUCCCACGUGUCUCCUCCUUCUCCUCCUCCCCGCGUCCCCUCUCCAAGUCAAGAAGUGCUUUGUCUGUAACCCUAAUCCUAGUCUCAUCUCCUCCCCCUAUUGUCCUCAGUGGGGCGACACCCUGAUGCAGGAAGUCCAGUCAUGGGCUCUCCUGAGACCUCCUUUUUGGUCACCUUUAUUGGGUCACUGCCCCAAAGGCAGAGAUGACAUCCACGUGCAGGAUGUUCUGUAGUACCAGCCGUGAGCUCCUCUGCCCCCAGGCCUCUCUUGGGCCUUCAGUGCCAGUGGCUCUCUUUGUCCUCUGAUUGGGAUUGUGUCCAGUUCUCAGCUUCUCCUGCAAUAAAUGAUCAUUGUCAUCUGA